AUGCCCAUACAUCAAAAUGCACAGAAAAAUGCUUCUGCUUCUUGGCUGGCUAUGUCUUUAUGGAUUGACCAUGUUCACUUUGGUCACAUCCCAGACAAACCACUCCACCACCUGCAGCAGCACACGUACAUGAUCAGUAAAGGCGCCAACAUCACCAAACCCCGCUGCCAACGCCAAUGCGGCAACAUCACCGUCCCAUACCCAUUUGGGAUUGGAACCGGUUGCGCCAUUGACAGCUGGCUUGAGAUCAAUUGCAACACUUCUUUCAACCCUCCCAAGCCAUUCAUAGGUGGCGUUGAGGUUCGAGACAUAUCCGACUCCCAGGUUCGCAUUACCAACGUCGUGGCUAACAAGUGCUAUGACCGAUUGGGUGCGUUGACCCAUGAAUACAUAGCUUGGACCAAUUUAUUAAGCUCAAGCCCAUACAGCUUCUCCGACGCAAAUAAGUUCACAGUCAUCGGCUGCGACGAUUUGGCAUUGAUUACUGGCUCAGAGUCAAAGGGACGUAAUUUCACCAGUGGCUAUGCGUUUCUUGGGGAAGAGAACGCCUUCACGUUUCGCGGUGCAUCGGAUUUCUUGGAUCCAGACUUCAUGAACAAAACUUUGUCUACUGUCCCGACAGUGCUCGACUGGGGACACUAUGGUGAUGGUAAAAAAACUGGGAGUGGUUGCAUUGCUGAGAGCUCACAAUUCCCAGUAAUCAAGUUCACUCUAGGUAAUCAUUUACUAAGUUUAUUUUCCAUUUUUAAUGAGAAAUCCUAUUGCAAUUCGCUCUAUCUUAAAUUCAAUUUCCGAUCCGACCUAGCAAAUUGGGAAGACUCGUUUUCAUGA